AAUGGCAGAUGAAAAUUUGGAAUAAAUAAUUGAUAUGCCAGAAUAAUCAGAUAUGAUCAAUGAUGCAAGAACUUAAGUAAUUAAUAAAUAAAUUUCAAAGGCCAGAUAUGCAGUAGAACAUUUUAAAGUAGAAUCAUAAAUCUCUCAUUAUAUCAAGAAGUUUUUCGAUGAAAAAUAUGGUCCAAAUUGGCAUUGUGUUGUUGGUAUCUACAUCAAUUAAAAUUAAAGGAAAACAUUUUAAUUCAUACUCAUCUUAUGAAAGCAAACGUUAUAUGUUUUUUUAUGAAGGAUAGAUGGCAAUAUUACUAUAUAAGAUGGGUUGA